AAAACCGUCUGAAAGUCAGUGAUGUGUUUUAAUACGAGAAACGUCUGCUUUGUUCUGGAAUAACAUACAGCUGUGGGGACAUAUUCUGCUCUAAACUCAAAAUAUUUUUGUUAAAAUAAUUGUAGGAGGGACAUGAGAGGAGAAACAGCUGUGGGAGGAGAGUGGUCAGCGGCUACAGAUAUGGACAGCCAGCACUUUGGACAGAAUGGAGGCUCUGAAGAUCCGAUCAGAACGAACCCUUUUUAUGCAUAUUACAAGGAAUCGACCAACAAAACUAAUGGAAUGGAGAACGCUGGAACAAAACCUUCAGCACAAGCAGAUGUUGAUUACAUCCUUAUGCCCCCUCUUGAAUUCCUAAACUCACCUCAGGACGUUGGUUAUGGAAUUGAGACAACAGAAAAUGGAGUUAAACUUUCUGAACAUCUUAACAUGCCUCAGGCGUACGACCCUAAAGAUGAGCUCUUCCUACCCUCCUCUCCUAGCCUCGGUGCCACAGCCAAUGAGGAUGCUCAUAACACGGCUCUGAAAAAUAAAAAUUUAGCUCAAACACAAAGGUUCCCUAAACCCAGACAGAGAGGUGACUCAGACAUCUUUAGAGAUGCUUUGUUCAGGUCAUCAAUCAAAGGGUAUGACUUCAUCCACUCUCCACAAACUGUGACACCAAGCCCAUUUUACAAAACAGCCUCAGAAGCAGAUUUGUUUUCAAAUAAAGGUAAGGAACACUUCCAUGUGAAUGAACACCAACAAGGUGACUUCAUUACAGACAGUGACCCCUCUGGCAAGUCUUUUGAGGAAAAAUCUGACCCGUUUUCAUCAUCCACACAUACUGUUGAUCCAUUCCCUAGUCCGCUUGCAAGGAAUUCAUUCAAUGUCUCUAGCUUGGAUGAUCCUUUUAGUCUGACUCCCUCUAAGCAAUAUGACCACCUCCAGGAUGUUUUCAGUAGUGUAAAUGAGGGCAAGGAUAUAUUUGAGAUAACCCCCUCCAAGACCACUUUCUCUCCACCUUCAACCAACAGUCCAUCUGAGUUUAAGUUGGACACACCAGCAUCAACAGACCUUUUCAAGAAAAGACCACCAAAAAUUCCUCCAGUCAUUCCACCAAAGCCUCCAAACCAGCCAAGAGAUCUUUUGACAACUCCUCAGGGAAGCAAAGAGGUUAUUCCUUGGCCGACCCUCUUCAGUCAGGCCAGCGGUCUGUCCCCCUCACCCAGCUUUUCUCCAGCUGAUAUGAAUCACGUGCAGACUUUCAAGCGACCACCAAGACCCCUUCCGCGAACUCGACAACCCAAGGCAGAGGAGCCCCCAAAGCCAGAGACUCCUUCGCCCUCUGUACUCAAUACUGCACUUGAACCAGAAGUGCCUGAACCACAUGUUGCUGUGCCAGAAGUUCCAAAACCUCCCCCUAAACCAGUCUUCAAACCUCUCGCCAAACCAGUCCUUCCUCGUAAACCAAAGAAGCCGGAGAACAGACCUCUAGAACCUGAGAACUAUGUUGUCUUUGAGGACAUCCUCCUUAUUGGACAGGAGCAAUGUGUGGAAGAUUGGCCUGAGGAUAGUCCUGAGCUGGAUCCAGAUUUUAAGCCAUCUGGAAAAUUAAGACUACGGAGAGACUCAUUAAAGUUAAAGAUGGAAUCGGACGGAGGAAGCAGUGAAGACCCUGAUGGCACAUUUGGCCAUAAUAAGAAAAAAAACAAGAAACUGAGAAUGUCGCUGCUAUCCAGAAGAAGCUCAAAGGACAAAUACUCUGAUGAUACGACUGAGGGAAAGAGUAACACACUGCCCAUCCGAGGAAAAUCAUCCAAGGAGUUUGGUUCAAAUGGGCAUAUUUCUACAGGAGAUGAUGAAGAUUAUAGUUUGGACUAUAAAAAAAAAACUCCAAAGACCAAAGUCGGUCAUAUGUUUCGGCGAGCUUCGAUUGCUUCCUCCAAAUACGAGAAGGACAUGAAUGGGCAUUCAUCAAAGGACCGUGACUCUGGUAAAAGCAGCAAGAGGAAAAACUCCAUUUUACGUCGGCAGUCUGAGGGCUCUGUGUUGGAUGAAAGAGAUUAUGAAGAGGCAAUGAAAAGUGGACAGAGGAGUAACAACAAGGUGAAAGUAAAGUUUGUGCCUAAAAGAGGAUUUGCCAUAUCUUUAGAAAAGCCAAAGGAACCAAAAGGAGCUUAUGGAUAUACUCCUUGCAAGGGCUCAAAGGACAAAUCACAUGAUGAAGAUUCUGGUGCACAUGGCUACACACCUCGUGACAAGCAGGAUCAGGACUUUGAAGACUUUAAGGAGAUGGAAGCUCUCAGUCUUCAUUCAACUAAGGCUACCAUCAUGGAUGAAGAGAAACAGCAGAAAUCUCACCGUUAUUCACCAAGUCUAUAUGGAGACGACAAUGACGGAGCCAAAGAACACAAACAUAAAAAGUCCAAACAUAAGCUUUCUCUGCCACACAAAUCUAAGGCAGCACAUGGACCGAGUGAGUGGGACUCUGAUGAUGAUGAAAUGACAGAAAAAGAUUUGAAAAGAACUGAAGAGGACUAUGAAGAAGAUCCAGAUGAGACUGAAAUCCUUAAAAUGAAAAAGCAAUUUAAAUUUAAAGUUCCCAAAAAACACAAGCACAAAAGCAAAAAGGCCAAGAACCAAAUGGAAGGCGCAUCUGAUGAGCACUUCUCAGAGGCUGCUAAGGCGGCCUGGGCGGCAGCUCAGAUGGACGAGCAAGCUUUCGGCGGUGCGGAAGAUGAGGAAGAUGAGGAAGAAGGGGACACUGACAGUUUAAUGGAGUGGUGGUACACAGUAGAAAAAUGGGAUGAACUGCUAUCAGAUGAAGAGGAUGCAGCCCUCAAAGAGGAUGAGGCAAAGUCAUUCAGCAUCUUGGCAGACAAGGUUGAACAUGGCAUGCGUCUCUUCAACAAGGUGUUCACCGAGCAAGCCGAGAUCCUGUGGGGGUCCAUCGUCUCGCUCCACGCCCUGGCUGACGACCUCAAUGAGUUCCAUCACAAAGCUAAGAUUGCUGGUAUCGGUGGCGGCACCACCACUGCAGUGGGCACUGUGACAGCCAUCACUGGGUUGGUUCUGGCUCCCAUAACCUUAGGAGUCUCUCUGGUAGUUACAGCUGUGGGCGUGGGGGUAGCGACAGCUGGUGGGAUUGCUUCUGCUUCUGCAGCCAUCUCUGAUAAUGUCAACAACAAGAACGACCGCAAAAAGAUCGAGGCAGUACUGCAGGAGUAUGAAGAACGACUGUUGGAGAUCUCCAAGAUCCUCCACUUCAUCAAUCAGGGCUUGUACAGACUGCGUGGCCACCCUUUCCUCAGGUCUGGCACCCAGCAUUAUUCACAGGACUGGGAAGUUCGCAAGGCGGUCCAGAUAAUCAGCACAGUGGAUUCACCUGUAAUGCGAGCAACGGAGAUAACUGAUGAUGCUGUGGACUCCUUGCAAGGACUCUUCAAAGGUAUGGACAACUACUUUGUCAAGGAAACCAGAGAGCUGAAGAAAAGCUGCAUGAAGGAGCUUGUGGGUGCAAUAAGACAAGUGGCAAAUGGUCUGAAUGACUGCAUCAUGGAGCUGAACACCAUCAGAGAGGAGCUUCAAGAUGCUACGGGAAAUGUAUGAACAACCUUAUGAUCUCUCUGAGCAUGGAUCAUCACUGACAUCUCCUGGCAGAAAUGGAGAACUACAGCUUAGUUACAAGCAUUUUGAUAUUUGUAUUUAAACACAGCAGUUUAUCUUCCAUAUUGCAUUAUUUUUGAAAGCGUUCUACCACUGUGACGCUAAUGAAGACUUUGUUGGGAUUGUGGAAGAGAAGUCCAGCUUUUAAGGAUUAGAUGGGGUUUCUGUAUUUGUAUUGUAAAACUUUAAAGCACAAAGGUUAGGUUACUUGUUCAUGCUCCAUUUUGUUCAGCCUAAGGUAUCAACUUUCUGUGUACAUGUCAAAGUGGGUUUACUUUGUUGGAAAUUAAGUUUAUUCACCAAACCUUGAAACCGAUCAUUUUUGAAAGACUUCAUGACCCAAUCUUGACAAAUAAGGUCCAAACAUGUUUAACAGAGUAAUGGAUGUAAUUAAUCUACUGUUAAUUCCUGGAAACAAUGAGUUCAUUUAGUGUCGGAUUUUAAUGGAAUGUUACUGAUGCAGGUUAAAGGACCUUAAACUGGAAAUGAAACUUGUAGUUUUUAAACUGUAAAAAAUAAAUCUUACAUUUACAUUCA